CAUGCUUGUGCUUGCGGCCCAGUGCGUGGAUAUAGUCUGGUGCAAUCAAUGUCUAUACACGGUGCAAUUUUUCUUGUGCUAACGAGAUAUGAUACACUAUGACCACUUAGCAGGGACGCCCUACUUUGCAAACUCAGAUAAAAUGCCGUCUCGUGCUAUGCUCUGAUCUGAUUCUGCUUUCUUCGAUUAUCUUCUCUAAUACCUGGAGUAUCCGAAUAUUUGCAGACAACGCAAAACCAUCAUACAUCAUAUCUUAUCCAAUGGCCCUUGACGAAGCUAAUCUUCAAGCGAAGUCUCAGCCAUCGUCACCCUCUGCCCCAGACCGACCGGUCAUAAUCGGUCUAUACGGAAUUCCGGGAUGCGGAAAAUCGUAUUUGUUAGCUCACUGCAAGGAACAACUCAUCCAUGACGAAUUCGAUUUCUACGAAGGCUCGGAGAUGAUCGACUCUCUUGUUCCGGGUGGGCUCGACGCUUUCCAAAAAUUAGACGAAGAUGAAAAGUCGCAGUGGCGUCAGCGAGCCAUCGACACCAUUGCGGAGAACUGCGCAUCAACGAAAAGAACCGGUGUUGUUGCUGGUCAUUUCAUGUUCUGGAAUGAAGGCGAGUUGUGUGGAGAUCCGGUAUACACACAGAGUGAUUUAGAGAGAUAUACGCAUAUCCUCUAUCUAAACAUUGCCCCAGAGAUUGUUUCGGGAUAUCGAUCUCGCGAUAACGCAAGGAGUCGUCCAUUGGCUUCUGCUGACCAUUUGCGCAAAUGGCAAGAAGCUGAAAAGACUCAUUUACGCGAGCUAUGCCGCCUUAAUGGCAUCUUGUUUUCGCUACUACCGCCUACCGGGGAGCCAUCAGUUGCCGAAACAGUCAUGCAGAUACUCCUCGACUUCUCCCUAUUUAGCGAGGAAUCUAACGCCAAACUUGCGGAGGAGAUAUUGACCAGGAAAAUAGAGCCUCAGCAACACACGGUACUAGUUCUGGACGGCGACAAAACGCUAGUGUCCGAAGACACCGGGGAUUUGUUCUGGAAGAUAGCCUCAAAACGUCAUCCGGACACCGUAGACACAGUAGCACUGAAGAAGCUAUUCAGUAGCCCCCUCGGAUACUCAUAUGUUGGGUUUGGACAGGCUACUCUGCUUUAUGGAGAAACGUUCUUAGACGAAGAGAUCGAUCGAAUCUGUGAGGAAGUCGCGUCAUCCGUGACCCUGCGCCCCGAGUUCGCUUCGCUUUUAUGGCUCAUAAGAAAGAACUAUCGCUUCGGGGCCAUUAUCUUGACUUGUGGGUUACAUCUGAUUUGGGAUAAGAUCCUCGAAAAGGCCGGCCUAACGGGAGCAGUGCAAGUUAUGGGCGGGGGGAAUUGCAUGCGCGAUUUGGUUGUCACGCCAGAAAUCAAGGGUGUCGUGGUGAGACGCUUACGAAAGCAUUGUAAGAAGUAUGUCUGGGCCUUUGGGGACAGCCCAUUAGACUUGCCGAUGCUAGUUCAAGCAGACGAGGCAAUUGUGGUGGUUGGCGAGGAGCGGCUGAGAAGUAAGUCGAUGGAAGCCGCUUUAUCGGAGUCUAUCAGCGGCGGUCUUAAAGCUCGUCAAACUUUGCACCCUAGCAAUGUGGCCGCACUUCUCAACACAAGUCGACUCCCUCUCGUCGACAUAUCGACACCGAAUUUUGUCCAGACUGUUUUUUAUGAUCCACUUAAGACUUCAAGUUGCGGACUCCAGUUAAUUCACGCCACAGACAAGGCGUCAUCGAAAUUAUUGAUGACGCCGAUGCGCGAUGCCUCGAUCGCCGGACAUGACCUCAGAGAAUUUCAUGAAAGGGUCGGGUGGUAUCUAGCGACAGGAUUUGUGACGGAGGCCCUUGGCGUCGAGGAGUACCCCAUCGAACAUGUACAGGGCAAUAUCACUAAUGGCUAUCGGCUGUAUUACGAACAAAAGACCUUGAUAGUGCCGUUGAUGCGUGGUGGCGAAGCCAUGGCUUUCGGUGUCAGCAAGGCCUUCCCCCUUGCUCGAUUCUUACACGCGAAUCGCCCAGAGGAUAUUCAACCCAAUCAUUUGUUAGGAAUACGCACUGUGAUUCUGGUGGAUUCUGUGGUGAACAGCGGCGAAACGAUAGUUCUAUUCGUGCGACGCCUUCGGGAACUAGGUUCCGCGAUUCGUGUUAUGGUGGUUGCAGGCGUUGUGCAAAGCAAGGCUGUUUCCCAGAGCGGUCUUGUGUAUGCAUACGGGUCCCAAUCCGGAUUUGAGCUCAUAGCUUUACGAAUAUCAGACAACAAGUACACUGGAAGUGGUGGUACUGAUACGGGAAAUCGCCUCUUCAACACGACAUUCCUCUCGUAAAGGUAUCUUAUAAUUUGAGGCUUAGAAGAAUAUUGGGGUUUAAGUAUGAUUCUAGGUGGCAGCCGCUAAAGCUGCUGGAUGAAUCUGAUUUCGGUAGGUAGUUAGAUACCUAUGGAAUAGAUUGCGCAUGCUAUAGGAAAUGAUCUAAUAAGUAGAUGGUCAAAGAAAACACGAGAUAACCACGCGGAUUCGUGAAGUACAAUGAUUAUAUGUGAUUUGAAAAAGAUUAUUGCUAAAGUUUCAAAGUUCAACUCAUCUGUUCAAUUUAGAAUAGGGGUAGAGGUGUGAGU